AUGAGUACGGUUCAAGAUAUUGAAUUGAACAGUAGCAGUAUUGCUGAAAUGAAAAUUACCGAACGAACCGAUAAUACCAAUGAAAUCGAACCGACGGCCGAAGAACUGACAGCAUUGGAACAUAUUUCUGACCAGAUACCGCUUGCAGUCUGGCUGAUUGUCUUCUGCGAAUUUUGUGAACGUUUCGCCUUCUAUGGAUUUGCUGCUCCAUUUCAGAAUUAUAUUCAGUAUCCAAUACCUGGUCUAGGUGAUAAACAACGAGGUGCGCUUGGUCGUGGACAAAGGACAGCUACGUCGUUAACAACAUUCUUUCGAUUUUUCGCUUAUCUUACACCGAUUGCUGGUGCCAUUCUAGCCGAUCAAUGCUGGGAAAAAUAUAAAACGAUUUUUUCGCUUGUGCAGUCUAUAUGA